GGGGAUGGUCUAGGUGCCAAAAUCUCCCCUUCUAUACAACUCUCUCUUUUCUCUCACAUACACACUUUUUUUCUCUCUCUUAGGGUUCGUUUCUGGGAUAUCACUCUGCAAAUCUCUCUCAGAAGAACUCGGCUAGUGAUUUCUAUCAAUUUCCCGAUCUAUCGCUUCGAAUCUCUGUACCGAGUUCGAUAUGGAAGGAGGAAGUAAUUUGGAGCUUCAAAUUGAGCAAUUGCUGAAUGUGGAGAAGCAGAUGAGGCUUGCCGGUGAUGUGGCGGGCACAAAGAAGGCCGUCACUGACAUUCUUCAACUCUGCUUCGAAGCACGAGCUUGGAAGAUCCUAAACGAGCAGAUUGUUGUCUUAUCGAAACGUCGGGGUCAACUCAAGCAGGCGGUAACUUCAAUGGUCCAGCAAGCUAUGCAAUAUAUUGAUGAGACACCGGAUCUUGAAACUCGUAUUGAGCUUAUUAAGACACUAAAUAAUGUUUCUGCUGGGAAGAUAUAUGUGGAAAUUGAAAGAGCCCGACUGGUUAAGAAACUUGCAAAAAUUAAGGAAGAACAAGGGCUUAUAGCUGAAGCUGCUGAUUUAAUGCAAGAAAUAGCGGUUGAAACUUUUGGUGCUAUGGCGAAAACUGAGAAAAUCGCAUUUAUUCUUGAACAAGUACGUCUAUGCUUAGAUCGUGAGGAUUAUGUCCGUGCACAAAUUCUUUCGAGGAAGAUUAGUCCAAGAGUUUUUGAUGCUGAUACUUCAAAGGAAAAGAAGAAGCCUAAGGAAGGUGACAAUAUGGUUGAAGAGGCUCCUGCUGAUAUACCAUCAAUCUUGGAGUUAAAACGGAUCUAUUAUGAAUUAAUGAUAAGGUACUAUUCUCAUAACAAUGAUUACAUUGAGAUUUGCCGGUGCUAUAAAGCAAUAUAUGAUAUUCCUUCUGUCAGAGAGAACCCAGACCAAUGGAUACCGAUCUUGAGGAAGAUCUGUUGGUACUUGAUUCUGGCACCGCAUGAUCCAAUGCAAUCAAGCCUUCUCAAUUCCACUUUGGAGGAUAAAAAUCUUUCGGAGAUUCAAAAUUUUAGAUUGAUGUUGAAACAACUGGUCACUAUGGAGGUCAUACAAUGGACAGCUCUGUGGAAUGCAUACAAGGAUGAGUUUGAGAACGAGAAGAACAUGCUUGGGGGCUCUUUGGGUGACAAAGCAGCCGAAGAUCUGAAACAGAGAAUAAUUGAGCAUAAUAUUCUUGUUGUUUCAAAGUACUACUCAAGGAUCACACUAAAGAGACUUGCAGAGCUGUUGUGUCUAAGUAUUCAGGAAGCUGAGAAGCAUCUUUCAGAAAUGGUUGUGUCCAAAGCAUUGGUGGCCAAGAUUGACAGGCCAAUGGGUGUUGUUUCUUUCCAAAUAGCUAAGGAUAGCAAUGACAUUCUUAACUCGUGGGCUGUGAACUUGGAGAAACUGCUUGAUCUUGUUGAGAAGAGUUGCCACCAAAUACACAAGGAAACAAUGGUUCAUAAAGCUGCUCUAAAAGUUUGAGAAUGCAAUGUCACCAAUUGCAGGUGGGCCGAAUUAAUCUUUUGCUUUUUUACUGGAAAAUUCUCUGAUUGGAAAUCGGAUGAAAAACUCCCGACUGGGUUGAUGAUCAUAUUUGCACUUUUGAGUUAUUUGUUUUGGGUUAGUCGGAGAUAUUCUUGGAACUGAAAGGAUUGUUGUAUACUGUUUAGUAAACGGUGCAUACCUUGCCAUUGGCUAAUGACAGGAACCUAAAUGGGCUUUCUUUAGCAGGGGAAAGAAGUUGAGUUCUUCUCUUCGUCUUUUUAAAUUUUAAUUAUUAUUAUUUAUUUC